AUGGAGAGCGAGUGCGAAAACCUCCAGUGGAACAAAGGGCUUGCCAGUGAAUACUUCAUCGGAUCUGAACAUAGCUCCGAGGCAAUCGACCUGCUCGUUGAGUGGCUGUACACUCGGGAGUACGGCGAGAAACAAGUUCUGGUACAAAACUUUGCUGUAUCGAGCUUGCGAACCAUUACCCUUCCAGACGGCAAACUCAAAGACCGGGACCUAAUGGAUUGGGCCAUCAAGGCAGCUUUCGCAUGCUGGGAACUUGGCGCCAGCUUACGCGCGAAGAACUUCCAGAACUACGCCAUGAAGCGUCUCUUCGAAGCCUUCUCUCGACCACUCUCGCAGCUACUGGUGCCGCAGUUACUCCAGCACACAUACUUCUUCUGUAAACGAUUUCCAAGGGCUUCUUGGCAGCUACAACACCUGAUCCAAGAUAUUAUCCUUCGCAACUGGAGUGACGAGACCGUCGUUAAUCAAAGGGGCGACUGGUAUCCGAUCAUCAACAGUUGCCAGGCCUUCGGCGAUACUUUUCAUAAGGCGAAGCAUCAGGACGUGGUCAAGAGGCGUGAGAAGAAGCUGAGUCUGACAGACUACCUUAUCCACUAG